GCGAGCGGUUCGGGGGGCGGUAACCACCCCUACCCGACUCGCCAGGCACGUUGCCGGGCCCGAGUGUGGAGCCGGGAAGGAGCGGCGACCGAGCUGUGCGAAGGAUGCUCCAGGAUGAAACGUCAUAGAACUCUCAGCAGCAGUGACAGUUCAGACGAGAGUCCUUCCACUUCCUUUACUUCUGGCUCGAUGUAUAGGAGCAAGUCAAAAAUUCCAAAUGAACACAAGAAACCUGCUGAGGUAUUCCGGAAGGACCUUAUCAGUGCGAUGAAACUUCCAGACUCUCACCAUAUUAAUCCUGACAGCUAUUACCUCUUUGCGGAUACGUGGAAGGAAGAAUGGGAGAAGGGAGUCCAGGUACCAGCCAGUCCAGACAGUGUUCCACAGCCUUCCCUCAGGAUUGUAGCCGACAAGGUAAAGGAGGUCCUAUUUAUCCGACCCCGGAAGUACAUCCACUGCUCCAGCCCAGAGACCGCAGAGCCUGGCUACAUCAACAUCAUGGAGCUGGCGGCAUCUGUGUGCCGCUAUGACCUCGAUGACAUGGACAUCUUCUGGCUCCAGGAACUCAAUGAAGACCUCGCAGAAAUGGGUUGUGGGCCAGUUGAUGAGAAUCUUAUGGAAAAGACAGUAGAAGUCCUGGAACGCCAUUGCCAUGAAAAUAUGAACCAUGCUAUUGAGACAGAGGAAGGGCUAGGCAUAGAGUAUGAUGAAGAUGUGAUCUGUGAUGUGUGCCGGUCUCCAGACAGUGAAGAAGGGAAUGAUAUGGUGUUCUGUGAUAAGUGUAACAUCUGUGUGCAUCAGGCCUGCUACGGCAUCCUCAAGGUCCCAGAAGGCAGCUGGCUGUGUCGCUCCUGUGUCCUGGGCAUUCAUCCACAAUGUCUAUUAUGUCCAAAGAAAGGUGGAGCCAUGAAGACCACCAGGACAGGGACUAAAUGGGCUCACGUCAGCUGUGCCCUGUGGAUUCCAGAGGUCAGCAUUGCUUGUCCUGAGAGGAUGGAACCAAUCACAAAGGUCUCCCAUAUUCCACCCAGUCGGUGGGCCUUAGUCUGCAGCCUGUGCAAGUUGAAGACAGGGGCUUGUAUUCAGUGCUCAGUGAAAAGCUGCAUCACUGCCUUCCACGUCACCUGCGCCUUUGAGCACAGCCUAGAAAUGAAGACCAUCCUAGAUGAGGGGGAUGAAGUAAAGUUCAAGUCAUACUGCCUCAAGCACAGCCAAAACAGGCAGAAGCUCGGGGAGGCCGAGUACCCCCUACACAGGGCUUCAGAGCAGGGCCAGACCAAAAGCGAGAAGACCAGCGUGCGGGCACAGAAGCUUCGGGAGCUGGAGGAGGAGUUCUAUUCCCUGGUCCGUGUGGAAGAUGUGGCCGCAGAGCUGGGGCUGCCCACACUAGCUGUGGACUUUAUCUAUAACUACUGGAAACUAAAGCGGAAAAGUAACUUCAAUAAGCCAUUAUUUCCUCCGAAAGAGGAUGAAGAAAAUGGCCUGGUGCAGCCAAAAGAGGAGAGUAUUCACACUCGCAUGAGAAUGUUUAUGCACCUACGGCAAGACCUAGAGAGGGUCCGAAACCUGUGCUACAUGAUAACCAGGCGAGAGAAGCUGAAACUGUCACAAAACAAAAUACAGGAACAGAUCUUCAGUUUGCAAGUCCAGCUUGCUAACCAGGAAAUUGCUGCAGGACUUCCUUUGACAAAUGCUCUAGAAAAUUCAUUGUUUUACCCACCACCAAGAAUUACCUUAAAGUUAAAAAUGCCCAAAUCAGCCCCGGAAGACUGCAGAAACAGCUCCACAGAGCCUGAUCAUGGACCUCUCUCUCCUGACGGCAGCUCCCCUGUUUGCAAUAUGAGGAGCAUGCAGGUGGCUCAGGAAUCACUAGAAAUGAGAAUGAAGUCAUACCCAAGGUAUCCACUAGAGAGCAAGAAUAACUGUUUGCUGGCCAGUCUCAGCCAUGCUAGGAGUGAAGCAAAGGAUCCCAGUCCUGCUUGGAGAACUCCAUCUCCAGAGUUCUAUCAUGGGCAGUCUCUGGGAAAGCCUCUGGUCCUUCAGGCUGCCCUGCAUGGACAGUCUUCCAUUGGGAAUGGGAAAAGUCAGCCUAACUCCAAGUUUGCCAAAUCCAAUGGCCUGGAGGGCAGCUGGUCUGGGGAUGUCACCCAAAAAGACAGCUCAAGUGAGAUGUUCUGUGACCAGGAGCCCAUGCUUAGCUCCCACUUGGGCAGUCAGGGCAGCUUUAGAAAAUCUACCAUGGAACACUUCAGCAGGUCCUUUAAGGAGGCCACCAACAGGUGGGUGAGGACCACAGAGGACCUCCCGUGCUAUGUGAAACCAACCAAGAAUACUAACCCCAAGGAGCAGCUCUGGGGCAGGCAGUUUGUCAGGCGUUCUGCAGGGAGAGCUCCAUAUCAGGAAAAUGAUGGGUAUUGCCCAGAUUUGGAGCUGAGUGAUUCAGAAGCAGAAAGUGAUGGGAAUAAAGAGAAAGUUAGGGUAAAGAGAGAUAGCUCAGACAGGGAAAAUCCUCCCCAUGACUCCAGACGGGAUUGCCAUGGUAAAAGCAAGUCAUAUCCCCUUUCCCACAGUUCAAUGCAUAGGUGAUCAGAAAUUCCAAGAAAAACUCCAUCUUUGCCUUUGCCUCAUAUAUUGGGGAAAACCCAUACACCAAAAGGAUUCUAGUAUAUGUUAGGAGGAAUUGUAGUGAAAAGGAUAAAAAUUUUUCCACAGUAAAUUGGCUUGCAGUUUUUGAAUCAGUUUCAAGUCCAAUUUUCACGAGCACAUCAUAGAAAUUACAUAUUGUCCAAAAGUUUAGGGGUUUUUGUUUUGUUUUGUUUUGCCAGAGGCUAGUGAGAACAGCUGGGACCAGAGUAUUUGCUCAGUAAAUACUUUGGGGCAGCUUUCCAAUUAUAUUAACACAUUGAUACACAUAUGUAUUAAGAGUCCUUGCAUUGUCCUUGAUUUGCAGGAGACCAUGAUUAUCAGACACUAAAACUACUUAUCUUUUGAAGCUACAGCAUGGACUUCCAGAGCUCCUGUCUGUAAGAAGUUUCUAACUCCACUGGUACCUGGAAACCCUCUUCAGGGAGAGACCAGGGACCAAUAUCUCAGAUACUGUCAAACUCACUACUCUCUUCCUUUGCUCUGAGCAAGGUUGAGUUCCUUUCACAGUAUCUUAACUUACCAAGUCAAUACACCUAAUGCUUAUAAGUGUCCAGUGCCUGUUCCUAGACUUGCUUGUUGGGGACGCACUUGUAACUACUUCACCCAGCUAACAAGCGUAAAAGGCUAACUUGUGGAUAGUGUUUACAAAAGUACUACUUCCAAGGAAAAUGCUCUGAUUCUCUCAGUUUAGGCGUUUGUGAAGGAUCCCAGAGCCUUUCCCAAAGUGAGAACAUUUCUGGAGGGUUUGUAUCAGGUCAGGGUUUUUGUGUUAUUGUUUUCAAAUAAGUUUGACUUAAAUAAGUUUGGCUGACAGUUUUUGUAUACCUGCUUUAAUGUUUAUAAAAUUUUUAUUGAGGUAUAAUUAAGAUAUAGUAAAAUGCAGAGAGGUUAAGUAUUCUUACCUGCUUUAAUUUUGAAACAGAUUUUUAUUGUCAAACAGAAUUUGAAAGCAUGUGUUUAUUAACACAUGGAUAUAAUUUAGCUUUGUACCAACUUUGAAUCCAAGGCAAUUUCCCAAACAAAAGGGCUGGAGCUGUUUUUCAGAAGUUACUCAUACUCUGUUCCCAAACUAUCAGCCUUUAUUAAUUUCUGGGAGGAAGAGAAUAAUUACAUUAGUGGGAGAUAAAACAUACCUGCUUCCUGUUUAAAGAAGAGGAAAAUGUUACAGUUUUUAAAGUGUGAAGCCAACUAUAAUUCUCUGCUCUCUUUUCUUCUUAGCCUUAAAUUAAUAUUCUCUUUCUUCUAGUUUGGGAACAUGUAGUGAGACUUUUCAGACAAAAGAGGCCAUUUUAGAUUUUUUAAGUUGUUUCCUGGUGAAACAGCCCAGCUGCAGUAAAGGCAGGGGCCCCUCUUCUCUCCGUCAAUAUGGGAAACUCAACAGUUUUCCUCUCCCCCACUUUUGUUCCUGUAGCCUGUAGCUUUGUUAAUGAGUUCCUUUGAUUUUAUUUCUUCCUCCUUUUCUGAAAACUUCUGUAUUUUGCCUCUCCUUUGGCUACACCUUCAAAAUGUUUCUUUUGUGCCUGUGUACAUGUGUGAACAUGCCAUAGCAUGUGUAAUAGUUGUCCUAUGCUUUGUUUGAAUGGAAAAAGCUAUGGAUUAUCCAAAUGAGGAACAGUAGUUCUCCUAUUUAUGCACUAGGUUUCUGUGCUUUUUCUUUGCAUUCUCCUGGGUUGGAUAUUAAUUUGACACCUUCAUGGUAAUAAAAUUGUAGUGGAGCUAUGUUAUAAACUCCUUCUGUCAGAGGCCAGUGCAGUAGCCUAUGUCCUUUCAUGCCUUUCAAUUCUGAGUGAGUGGGAAGAAAAGCAAACAUUGAAAAAGUGCUUCAGCCAAAUUCCAUAUGUAAUGCCAUUGGGAGAGUAUUGACUAAAAUAAUUUCAGUCAGGGAAAUAUAGUUGUAAUAUUUUUACAGGAUUUUCCUAGGUAAAUGAAGGAGCCUUCAGUUGUGUACAUUUCAAUUGCCCCAAAAUGUAUUUGCUACAUUUUGCUGUUGUUUGAAGUAUUACCUCUUAAUCUUCUUUGUUAAAUUUUUUUUCGUUUUGUCUUAUAUAGUCCAGUUUUCAAAGAUAAACUCGGUCUUUUUUCAA